GGCGGCCGCGGCCAGGGCGGCCCGUGGGACCGCGGGCCCCCGGCGCAGCGCCGCCCGGCUCCCGCUCCCGGCCCUGCCGGCCUCCUCCCUCGGCGCCGCGGCCAUGGCGGCCAGCGCGAAGCGGAAGCAGGAGGAGAAGCACCUGAAGAUGCUGCGGGACAUGACCGGCCUCCCGCACAACCGAAAGUGCUUCGACUGCGACCAGCGCGGCCCCACCUACGUGAACAUGACGGUCGGCUCCUUCGUCUGUACCUCCUGCUCCGGCAGCCUGAGAGGGUUAAAUCCACCACACAGGGUGAAAUCUAUCUCCAUGACAACAUUCACACAACAGGAAAUUGAAUUUCUGCAGAAACAUGGAAAUGAAGUCUGUAAACAGAUUUGGCUAGGAUUAUUUGAUGAUAGAUCUUCAGCAAUUCCAGACUUCAGGGAUCCACAAAAAGUGAAAGAGUUCCUACAAGAAAAGUAUGAAAAGAAAAGAUGGUAUGUCCCUCCAGAACAAGCCAAGGUGGUGGCAUCAGUUCAUGCGUCUAUUUCAGGGUCGUCUGCCAGUAGCACGAGCAGCACGCCUGAGGUCAAACCCCUGAAGUCUCUUUUAGGAGACUCAGCACCAGCACUGCACUUAAACAAGGGCACACCUAGUCAGUCCCCUGUCGUAGGUCGCUCUCAAGGGCAGCAGCAGGAAAAGAAGCAGUUUGACCUUUUAAGUGAUCUUGGCUCAGACAUUUUUGCUGCUCCAGCGCCUCAGUCAACGGCCACAGCCAAUUUUGCUAACUUUGCACAUUUCAACAGUCAUGCCGCCCAGAACUCUGCAAAUGCAGAUUUUGCAAACUUUGGUGCAUUUGGACAGUCUAGUGGCUCGAGUGAUUUUGGAGGUUUCCCCACAGCAAGUCGCUCUCCUUUUCAGCCCCAAACUCCAGCAUUUAGAAUGCUUUCAUCUAGCUGCAGUUUUGGUGAAUUUACUUCAGCUUUUCCUCUCCAGGCUUCCAACAGUGGAAGUGCUGGAUCAGUAAAUGCUAAUUUUGCUCAUUUUGAUAACUUCCCCAAAUCCUCCAGUGCUGAUUUUGGAACCUUCAAUACUUCCCAGAGUCAUCAAACAGCAUCAGCUGUUAGUAAAGUUUCAACGAACAAAGCUGGUCUGCAGACUACAGACAAAUACGCAGCACUUGCUAAUUUAGACAAUAUCUUUAGUGCUGGGCAAGGUGGUGAUCAGGGGAGUGGUUUUGGGACCACAGGUAAACCUCCUGUUGGUUCUGUGGUUUCAGUUCCCAGUCAGUCAAGUGCAUCUUCAGACAAAUACGCAGCCCUGGCAGAACUCGACAGCGUUUUCAGCUCCGCGGCCACGUCCAGUAACGCGUAUACUUCCACAAGUAAUGCUAGCAGCAAUGUUUUUGGAACAGUGCCCGUGGGUGCUUCUGCACAGACACAGCCUGCUUCUUCGAGUGUGCCUGCUCCAUUUGGAGCUACGCCUUCCACAAAUCCAUUUGUUGCUGCUGCUGGUCCUUCUGUGGCAUCUUCUACAAAUCCAUUUCAGACCAAUGCCAGAGGAGCAACAGCUGCGACCUUUGGCACCGCGUCCAUGAGCAUGCCUGCGGGGUUCGGGACUCCUGCGCCCUACAGUCUGCCCACCAGCUUUAGUGGCAGCUUCCAGCAGCCCGCCUUCCCGGCCCAAGCAGCUUUCCCUCAGCAGACAGCGUUUCCUCAACAGCCCAAUGGUGCAGGUUUUGCAGCAUUUGGACAAAGCAAGCCAGUGGUAACCCCUUUUGGUCAAGUUGCAGCUGCUGGAGUAUCUAGUAAUCCUUUUAUGACUGGUGCACCAACAGGACAGUUUCCAACGGGAAGCUCAUCAACCAAUCCUUUCUUAUAGCCUUAUAUAGACACUUUACUGGAACGAACUUUUACGUGGUCACAUUACAUCUCUCCGCCUCUUGCACUGUUGUCUUGUUUCACUGAUCUUAGCUUUAAACACAAGAGAAGUCUUUAAAAAGCCUGCAUUGUGUAUUAAACACCAGGUAAUAUGUGCAAAACAGAGGGCUCCAGUAACAACUUUUAACCUGUGAAUUGGCAGAAAAAGGUAGCGGUAUCAUGUAUAUUAAAAAUUGGCUAAUAUUAAGUUAUUGCAGAUACCACAUUCAUUAUGCUGCAGUACUGUACAUAUUUUUCUUAGAAAUUAGCUAUUUGUGCAUAUCAGUAUUUGUAACUUUAACACAUUGUUAUGUGAGAAAUGUUACUGGGGAAAUAGAUCAGCCACUUUUAAGGUGCUGUCAUAUAUCUUGGAAUGAAUGACCUAAAAUCAUUUUAACCAUUGCUACUGGAAAGUUACAAAGUCAAAAUUGGAAGGUUUUAUUCAUUCUUGAAUUUUUCCUUUCUAAGAGCUCUUCUAUUUAUACAUACCUAAAUUCUUUAAAAAUGUAGAGGGAUACCUGUCUGCAUAAUAAAGCUGAUCAUGUUUUGCUACAGUUUGCAGGUGAAAAAAAUAAAUAUUAGAAAAUA